AUGGCUACAUUUAUCCCCAACAAACCUGCAAAUGAUCCUAUAUUUUUUAUGCAUCAUUGUUUUGUUGAUUCGGUUUUUGAAUAUUGGAGAGAAAUAACCCAAAACAGAAGGCAACGAGCUAAUGACUAUCCAGCCGAUAUUCCUCCCUUACAAAAUUGGGAUGGACUUAGAAAUGAAUAUACCGACAAUAUGUUUAAAUUUCACCAUAGACCUACUUGUAGUUUCAAGACAGAAUGUGGAUCAAAGUAGGGGAUUUAUCAAAUUAUUAAUCAAAUUUAACUGGUUAAAAGGAUGGCUCCAUUUAAUUUUUUGGGGAAAGUUUGGGGGUCUUUGUUUUAUCGUGUGAAGGUGUCACCUCCCUCUUCCUCCCACUAAUCUCCACGUCCUUGUUAAUCUCCACGUUGUCUCCUCCCACUCCCCUCCCCCUUGAGCGCAGCCUCCUAAACAAAAAAUUUUCCUCGGGGUUACUCCUCUUAAGGCCUCCUACCCUUUCUGAUUCCUCGCCUUCCCCUUCCCCAACCCUCCUCC